AUGAAGAUACGCACACUGCUUGCAACAGGUGGCUUCAACAUUCGCCAAUGGGCAAGCAAUAUCCCCUCAGUGGUAGCAGAUCUGCCAGCUGCUGCCAGAUCUGAUGGAUUUGACCUUUGGCAUGUCUUUGGUCAGAGUGACACACCCGAGGCCACACUUGGACUGCAGUGGAAGUGCGAUGCAGAUGACCUUGGCUACAAGCACCGACCCAUUGCUUACCAAAUGCUCAACCUCGGAACUGUCUACAAAAUCAUGGCCAGCCAGUAUGAUCCAAUUGGUUUCGUUGCACCAUUCACUGCAAGAGCUAAGGUAAUUGUCCAGGAUCUGUGGAAGUCAAAGAGAACCUGGGAUGACCCGAUAGAGUUUGGAGAUAUCCUCACCAGAUGGCACACAUGGGAACAGGAACUGGCUGACCUACCAAAGCUUCGACUGCCAAGGUGUUACACACCACCUGAAGUUGACACUAAGACGACCAACCGAGAAGUCCACAUCUUCAGUGAUGCCUCAGAAAGAGUCUAUGGCUCGGUCGCCUACCUGCGCACUGAAGGUCACAAAGGAAGCAUCCAUACCAGUUUCAUCCUCUCAUGUUCCAGGGUAGCUCCCAAGGGGCAACUUUCCAUCCCAAGGUUGGAACUUUCUGCUGCACUGGUCGGUGCACAGUUGGCAAAUUUGCUCAGAAAGGAGUUGACCCUUUCCAUCCAGAAGAUUACCCUGUGGAGUGAUUCCACUACAGCACUAUGCUGGCUGAAGUCUGACUCCUGCAGAUACAAGGUGUUUGUCGGGACACGAGUAGCAGAGAUACAGUCCCUGAGCAAUCCAGAGAAUUGGUGUUAUGUUGACACAGCCAACAACCCUGCUGAUGACAUCACUCGGGGUAAGACGGUGUAUGAACUCUCUAAUGAACAAAGAUGGAGAAAUGGCCAGUCCUUUCUGUCCUUACCUCCUCAUCGCUGGCCGGCAAGCCCCUUGGUUGACGAACCGGACGACACCGUAGAACUGAAGGGAGCAACAUUCUGUGGAGCGAUCACCGUGAAAGAGCCCCAGUUGCCAAACCCAGAACAGUACCGCAGUUGGAAUGGCCUCAUACGGGCUUUCAAGGAGCUUCAUGACGCAGCGGCAACUGCUGACAUAUCUCCUUCAACACUGGUCAAGAGGGAAGAAGUCAUCGAGAUCAAACUUUUGCUUCAGGUACAAGUAGACUGCUUCCCACAGGAAGUCCAUGCUCUGAUGCAGAACAAGCAGUUACCUUCUGGGAGCAGAUGA